UCAACUCAAUUGUGACGUUUUCGAGAGAAUGGUAUGGUAUAAAUUUUGGAAGAGAAUUGCAACAUAUAAUUUCGCACGUAGACCGGAAUAGUUUCAGAAUUCAAAGCAACAUGGCGAGCAACGCACAGAACGCGACGGUGUCUUUCUGUCAGGAGAAGUGGAAUCAUUUUUUGGAUGUAGUUGGCGACGAUCCAGAACGACUAUGGGUAUAUGGCACAGUACUUUUGAUUUUUAUUAUUUAUUGGCUUUAUGCUGCCGCUUUAACUUUGGUGGACUUUACUAAAAAACCACAUUUUGUACGUAAAUACAAGUUGCAGCCCGGUAAAAAUGAUCCCGUGGACACAAAACGUUUACUACCGGCUCUGCGCGUAGUGCUCUUCAAUCAAACAUUUGUGGCUAUACCGCUAGCCUAUGGACUCUAUCAUUUUGUUUAUAAGUAUCAAAAUACUCUGAAUAUCCGCGAAUUGCCAUCGAUACAACAAAUUGUUUUCGAUUUGGCCCUAUGCUGUGUGCUGGAAGAGAUAAUUUUCUAUUAUGGCCACCGCCUGCUACACUAUGGCGCCCUGUAUCGGUACAUACAUAAGAAGCAUCACGAGUGGACUUCACCCAUUGCUGUUGUCGCACACUACUGCCAUCCAAUUGAACACAUACUUGCGAAUACCUUUCCCAUUGCUUUGUCUUUGGGUGUGGUUCGUGCGCAUCUUGUAACUGGUUGGAUAUUCUUUGCUAUCGCAACUUACAAUAUAUUAAGUGAUCAUGCUGGCUAUGCGUUCCCUUGGUCACUAAUUUCUGUGCCAUUCCACGAUUAUCAUCAUGCAACAUUCAAUUAUAAUUUCGGUGUUUACGGUUGGUUGGACAGAUUGCAUGGUACCUAUGGCGCGUAUGACAAGUCUGGACAAAUUAAAGCGAGCCACAAACCUCAACAAAAACAAGAAUGAGGAGUUAAAUUAUAUUUUCACAAAUAUGUUUCAUCUUACUACCUCUUUAAGUAAGCUUUUUCUACUUUUGUAUAUAUAAUGCACAAUUUUAAGUAUUUGAAAGUAAUAUUCAUAUAAAUACAUUUUUAUAUUAGCCAGUAAGCAGUCAAAAGCAUUAAAUGUACAUAAAUAUAAUUUGGAAAUUCAAAAUAAA